AUGAAGUUUCAGAACCAGAGGCUGUGUAUAUCUUCGAAUACCAUUGUUCGACGGUACGACGUCUCUGUCAACACGGUCUGUAAUGCUGAUGACGAUGAUGAUGGUCAUGAUGGUGAUGCUGAUGAUGAUGAUGAUGAUGAUGAUGGCGAUGAUGAUGAUGAUGACGAUGAUGAUGUUGAUGAUGACGAUGAUGCUGAUGAUGGUGAUGAUGAUGAUGAGGAUGAUGAUGAGGAGGAGGAGGAGGGUGAGGAUGAUUAUGGUAAUGAUGAUGAUUAUCUGAAGAAUGUGGAAGUUUUGGUAAGGGGAGUGCGAUUCAAACCACAGCGGUUGGUAGCCGAGGCGGUGGAAAUUACUAGGCAUCACAGCGUGAAUAGAAUCGAGGGUGUCGAUUUGGUGAGCUUAUGGAAAGCGGUCUUAGAUAAGCCGAGUUGA